UGUUUCUGUGUCAUGGAUUUUACAAUUGUUCAGUAUGUGACCUUGUUUCAAUAAGAUUCAAACUCCUUUCGUAAAACGAAGGCAAUUGUUUUCACUUUUUCUUCAAAUAAACUUUUAGGCAAGUGUCAUUGAUCACAUUCACGCUGAGAUGUCGAAAUGAUUCGAGUUUGAGAAGAACUCAAUGAAGUUUCGAAAAGGGAAACAAGAUUGAAUUAUUUAUUGUCGGGAGCGAAAUACCAACAAAUCUGGAGAAAAUGGAUAGGAAUAGGAUAAGUUUAUCAUCUGGUUCUGGUUCGAACGAUGAGAAAAAGUUUGAUUCAAACGGAAAUUUAGAGCAAGCUAUUUACGAAGUUGACGAGCGAACUCGGCUGAUUGGUAAGAGUAGUAGUCUGGUAAUUUCAUAUUCUGAUGAGGAUAGCAGAUGUACUAGCAUUGAACCAAACAAACAAGGAAAUGACACGAAUGCUUCAACUGUAGAUCAAGAUGAGCCGAGUGUUGAGUUUGUACUAUCACAACGAGAUGCCCGCCUGUGGAGAAUAGCCAGGAUUUUGGGUUAUAUCUCAGCAGCUCUGCUCAUCCUACUGGGUGCAGCAUGCUUCAUUGAGUCUUCUAGAUCAGAAAGUUCGUCACUUUUUGCGUUUGCUUUCAGUUGUUUAUUGGAUUCUUCGGGAGCAAUGGUCGUCAUAUGGAGAUCGUUUUCCACAGUCUCUGUACGAAAAUCAAGAAUUCGAGAAUUGCAAUCACAGGUAUUAAUUGGCUGUUUGUUUUGGUUAGCUGCUAUGUUCAUCUUGAUACGAGCUAUGUUAUAUCUUUACAACCUUGAUGAACAAGAUGAAAAAGAGAGUGAGAUAAUCUACAUUCUACUGGGUAUUGGGUGUGGAUUACAGUUCUUUUUCUUCCUCACCAAAACACCCAUCGCAGUGGUGCUCAAGAGCUCGGCUCUCAUUGCUGAUGGAGUGAAUUCUUUAGCUGCAUGUAUCUUGGCCAUCACUGGUAUCGUCGUCUCCGUCCUAGGCGAGUCAUCAGAGACACUGGCUAUCAUUGACGACUUGGUUGGCGUCAUCGUAAGCUUCUUCAUCGCUAGCUACGGAACAUACCUCUUAACCAUAGUUUGGAUGGACCCGUUUGCAUCAAAUGUAUUCCAUAUCCCACAAGCCCCUUGUGCCAGCCGAUCAGCAUGACGUCACAGCUUUCCCGAAACAUCGUGACGUCAGAAUAAUGGACAUACAUUUUGCAAUGAGUACAUUUGGCAGUGUAUGAGAGGAUAUGAGGAAUUCAUUCAACAUUCGUAGUACUACUGAUGAUAUAGUCAGACUAUACAUUUAUCAUGAGCCAGCUUGGACGGGCUUGGACGACAGAGUUUCGGUGAUGCAAGCUUGGGAUGUUGCCAUGCCGACAUCACUAUCGGAAGAGUGUUUGGACAGAGGAUGACAUCAUGUUCAAGAGUAUUACAUUAUUUUAGUCAUUCUCCGGCCUGGCUCUGCAUGGUGCCUUAUUGCUCCAAACUGAACUAACGUGACUAUGCUACUUCAGAUGGUCACGUGUUACUAACGAGGCAUAAUUUAUAAAAUGAGGACAUGUUUCUUUCCUUGUGUUUAUCCAUUCUAGAAUUUUUCCUUUUCCUUUUAAAAACUGAUCGUGAUUUCGUGGAAGACAAUAUGAAAUGCUUGUAACUCGUAUUUAGGCUGAUCUUGACCACGUUCUAUAAGACCCCUCUCAUUUCUCAUUCCCAGCAAGUUGGAAUGAUGAAUACAAUUUGAACUAUGAGAAAUUGUAAGGCUACUGUGUGGCUUUUGGAAGCUACCGGCUACUGACUAAGAAUUUACGUCAUUAUUAAAAUCUAAAGUAAAGUCUUGUUAUGUCAAAACAAUUGAUACAGAAAAAAAAACUAACGGCACAUAGAGGUUCGAAAUCGGCAAAAAUAAAACUUUAAUUGUUUUGAAAGCAAGUAACAUCAAACAAUAAAUAUAUAUUCAAGAAAACUGACAUCUGAAAAUAAAUAACUAACAUAAAUCGACAUGAUAUAUACAUCUUGGUAAAAUGAUAUGCCCUAUGAGCCCAGACUUUGCA